GGUCAAAGUUGAACAGUGCGUUGCUCAGAAACAUGGCCGUGUGACAUGCAGUUUGCAAACAACCAUUCAAAUUUUCUAGUGGCGCUGUAGGACGAGUUCAGCGGUAAAGGAUUUUGUGGCACAAGGAUGUUACUUUCGUCAUUACGGACAACAAUAUUGUACGGUUGCAGAAAUGCAAGGGAAACAUUUCAUUACAGCAGUAGGAGUCCACAUCUUCGACAGUGGUUUGUCAAUCGAUGUCGGCGCACCAUCACAGCAGAAGCAGGGGCAACUGCAGGAACCUCUGCUGUCCCAAACACAGCCACAAACCGCAUUGUAGGUCGCUGGUUACUUGGCUGCAGUGGGCUGGUCGUUGGGGCGAUUGUCUUGGGUGGUGUCACAAGACUCACAGAAUCCGGACUUUCCAUGGUUGACUGGCAUUUGGUGAGAGAGAUGAAGCCUCCUCGGUCACAAGCAGAGUGGGAGGCUGAGUUUUCCAAGUACCAGCAGUUUCCUGAAUUCAAAAUAAUGAACCAUGAGAUGACUUUGCCAGAGUUCAAGUUCAUCUUCUACAUGGAGUGGGGCCAUCGUAUGUGGGGCAGAUUGGUUGGAAUUGCAUACAUCCUUCCCACCAUUUACUUUUGGAAGAAAGGAUACUUCUCUCGCUCCAUGAAGGGAAAAGUACUGGGUCUUUGUGGAUUUGUCUUUUUCCAGGGACUUCUGGGGUGGUACAUGGUGAAAAGUGGUCUGGAGGAAAAGCCUGAGUCUCAUGACAUCCCGCGGGUCAGCCAGUAUCGUCUGAGCGCUCACCUUGGUUCUGCCCUGCUACUCUACUGUGCCAGUCUCUGGAUAGGGUUGACUCAGCUGCUACCUGCACACAAGUUGGCAGAGACAAAACAUAUCAUGCAACUUAGGAGGUACGCCAGGGGGACUGCUGGCCUUGUGUUCCUUACUGCUCUUUCAGGUGCCUUUGUUGCUGGUCUGGAUGCUGGGCUUGUGUAUAACUCUUUCCCUAAAAUGGGAGAUCGUUGGAUCCCUGAUGAUCUGUUGGCUUUUUCUCCCACCCUCAAGAACUUUUUUGAAAAUCCCACAACAGUGCAGUUUGACCACAGAAUUUUGGUAUGUUAUUGUUUCCAAAUAAAUAACUCUUUGGACAACAUUUUAAUUAAAAGUACUUUAAGCAGCAGUCUAUAUUUCUUUUUUUCUUUUCUUCUCCAGGGGAUUUCUUCUUUGGCUGCAAUUACAGGUCUUUAUUUAUUCUCAAGAAGGAUGUUGUUGCCCAGAAGAGCUAAAAUUGCCCUUAGCCUCCUCGCAGCAGCUGCCUGUGGACAGGUUGUCCUUGGUAUCAGCACUCUCUUGCUCUAUGUUCCCACACCACUGGCAGCAACUCACCAGUCAGGCUCCGUGGCUCUUCUCUCACUGGCCAUUUGGGUUCUAGCAGAGCUGCGCAAGAUGCCCAAGUAAAAGCCUGCACCUUUUAUGGACAAAUCCAAUCUCAGGCUAGACGCACUUCGAGCCUCAAAGAAACAACAGCUCUGUUACGGAUAUGCUCGAGCAUCGGUCUUGCGUGACAAAAAAAGACAAAAAUAUUCAUGUGAUGUGCAAUUUUGUACCUGUUCUUAAAGUCGUUUUUGGCUGACUCUGCAGUAAUUUAAAAUGAUUGCACAUUUCCUUUGCAAACAGAAUACUGCAAAACAAUCUAUGCAGGUGUACUGUUUUUUCUUUAGGUUUUACCAGGACAUGUUCAAUGAAAUUAAUUUUUCUUGUUGCCUUCUAGUUCGAUGAGGCUGCGGGGAUUAUGCAUAUUGGUGUAUAUUUAAGAACAUUUAAUGUAGACAUUGUGAGGUCAAAAAUACUCAUGAUUGUUUUUGUUAAACUGAAAUAGAGCACUGUCUUAUUUUAAUAAAUAAUGUUUACUCUGUCAAAUUCAAACCCAA